CUGUCAUAGAAGCAGCACGUAUCUAGGGCGGGGAGAUUUUCGUUCGGUUUCGAUCUAAUUACGUGUGUUUGAUUUUCUAAAAAAAAUCCUCCAUAAUGCGAUUUAAAUUUUUCGUGUCGUACGCAAUACAAAGUGCUUCAGUUUCGUACCUGUGUCUGUAUUCCUAUAUGUUUAGUUAAUUUCGUGUAUGUAUGUGUGUGUGUCAUCCUAAUCAAAGGAAGGAAAUCAGAGAUUUAACUGUAAUGAAAUGCGUUAGUGGUACAGUGUUGUUUUCAAUCGUGCGUUCUGUUUGUUUUCUCUUCACGAAUAAGAUUUUCCUUCUUGAGGGGUAAAUCGAUGUACGGGGCUAUAGGGGGUGUCCUUAUCAAAGCAAAAGGCGCAGGUUCCAAUCCAGAACUGCACGUUGAAUGCCCACAUAGCAGGAAUAUUGUCCUGCUAAUUUUUGCAGUAGUCGACCCACACAUGUGUUUGGUGAUGCAUUUAUAAAUAUAAAUAUAAAACUGCAUGUGAAAGUUGUAAAAGUGGUCCGAAAUCUACGGUUUUUUUUCUUACCUUGGACUAUUUUCCCGACCGAGGAGAAAGUCACAAGACGGAUUUUCGAACUCGCAAAGGCAGACGAAAGAUUUUGCUGUAAUUUACUUCGUUUAGAGUUUGGAGGUCAAAUUCCUCUUCUUUGACAGAGAUUUUCUCUUUGUUACAGAUUGUCAACGUAUUGCCUAUUUGUUGUCUAAAAAACUUUGUCAUCAUGAUUAUAAAACAGUUAGAGUGGUAAAAUUAUGCGAAUACCUCUACAAAGAAAUAAAAGGACUUUAAAAAUAUUAAGAAUGAAACAAAUUCCGGUAAAGAAUAAGAAACAGAGUGAAACAAAAUCGGAGAAGGAUUACAUAUCCGAAACGAUUUCCUUUGUAAUUAAGGGAAAAUUAACACCGAUCAAACCGACUUUUGUCACAAACAAGGGAAAAAAGCCAGUAAAAAAGAAAGAUAUUACUGGUGGUAAACACAAACCAAUAAUGCGGAAGGCGAAGAAAAUAAGUGAAAACAGUAAAACCGGCCCGAAAGUUCAAACAAAAACUGCCAAGAAACCAACAAGUGUUCCGAAGAUCAUAAAGAAAUCCGACACAAGCACGAGCUUAAUUCAGGACUCCACCAAGAAAGAUUGUAAAUCUGAGAAUAUUAACGUGUCAAAGAAAGCCGCCAAAGAAACUAAACCUCUUAAGAAAGUGAAAACCGAAAUUGCAGACGUUAAAAAGAAAUCAAAAAAGGCCAUCACGAAACGAGUUAAAUCGCCACAAAAAACCGAACCGAUCGAUAAAAAGGACGAUUCCGAAGAGAAUGAAAAAGCCGAAGAUAUUAAAACCAAACAGACCAUAGAAAAGUUACUCAAACAAGCCAACAAAGCGUUAAAACAACCACAAUUAAAGUCCAAGAGCACGCUCCAAAAAUCGAAGAAGGCGAAUAAAUCUACCAAAAAAGCUUGCGUUCCGGGGAAAAAACCCAAAGUAGCGAAACAAUCGAUCAAGCAAGAACCGACAGAAAUUAAAAAACAAGUCAAAAGAAAAGCCCCCACUGAAUCACAAGAAGAUACUUCGACAUCAGACGAGUUAACACUUAAUGAGUUAUGCCCUACGAUCAAAAGUGAGCCCGAACAACCCAAAUCAAAGAAACUCAAAAUAAAAUCAGAGCCGGUGUCUGACACCGAAAAAAAAUCGCGUAAGCCGAUUUUGAAACACCCCCCGAAGAAAAUUUCACCGAAAACUAAUUUAGACUUAAUGAAAAAACGCGUCAUGUCUGCUGUCAAAGAUAAAGUAAAACGUAAGGAGAAUCAGCGCUCACGUAAAAUGAAGUUGUUUGGGUUCUGGAACGGACCGAAGAGACACCGAGUAGCAUCUUUGAAUGCCUUAGCGAAAGUCCACUGUUUGUACGAAAAUGAAACACGAAGUAAUUUGCUUGAUCCGCUCGAGGUCGAUAAAAAAGAAGCAGUGGAGGAGAAAAAAUCCUCCGAGGAUGAUAUUGUCCCAUGCACUCGUACCCUUAGAUCAGUCCCAGGAUUGCGAGCUGUGGGCAAACAUUGGGACAUGCAUGACACAACCUCCAGUUCGGAAGACAACAGUGGCUACGAAAGCACUUACGAUGAGAAACCCAGACCUAAAAUCAAAAAAGAAUUAGUCAAGAAAACCGAAAGCUCGAAAAAGCCCGAACCGAAAAGACGGCGUAAUCGCACCGAGCUCAUCAUGGAUUUAAAGGAUAUGGUCGUCCGCAAACGCAUGGCGAGUCUAAACGCCAGCGCCAUCUUAGCGGCGAGUUAUUCGGUGGAAAGACGUGCCUCAAAGAGUCCAAAAAGCGACUCGGAAACCGAUUCGAGCGACUACUUCAUCACGGAUAACGAAGAAGAGGCCGAUAAGAAGUGCUUCGAAGCGAAAGUCAAGAAAGAGGAAGAUGGCAAAUUGAUCGAAGUUAGAGCGACCCCGAAUAAAAAAGUCGCGGUUAUUCUCAAUCAGGACACAGAUGUGACGAUAACUGGAGUGUAUGUCAACAGCACCACAAGGUCUACACAUCACGAGGGAUAUUGCAGUAUCGCUGGAAUGCAGUACAGGAUUUCAGCUACCAGUCAUACUCAGACCGCUGCUACCGCUGUCGCUACUGAAACACUUCUGCAAUCAUCUUCCAGUAGCACACAGGAGAAUAGCAACAGCGAGUCAUUAACGUCGUGUAAAUCGUACACCCCUUUGGACGCUUUGUCCAACAUGCAACCACCACCUGGACCCGGCAUCCAACAUCCUCAUCAACAUAUGGGACCACCGCAGCAUGUCCUACCUUUGCCGCAACAUCAGCUGUCGCCAAGUCGCAGACACGGCUGCCCUAGCGCUUUCUCCACCCCUCAUCCAGCGCCGUAUCCGCCACACCACCCGCCGCCCAUUCCAGGGGAUCCGGGAUACGUACACGGAUAUUACCAGCCGGCAGGACCAUUAAUAAGCGUUCCACAUGGGCACACCCAGCAGCAGGCGCCGCCGCCCAUAACCAAGAACGCGCCGCUUUCGGAGACCUCGCCGACGUCGGCGUCGCCCAUACACCAACCGCCUCCAGCGCCCAGCUCCAACGGAGAUUCUUCGGAUAGCGAGGUGAUAAUCACGUCGGUGACGGCCGGCAAGGAAACGGUGCCGCCCCCGCAGCAACCGCCGACUUCGUAUCGGUAUUCACAAUAUCCUGGGACACCACCGGGAUAUCCCUACAGUUAUCCACCGCAUUAUUAUCCAACUCCACCCCCGGCACCGUCCUACGCUCAUCAUGAUCUGUGUUAUUCAACGACUCCCUAUUUACAUCAUAAAUAUCCACCGACGACAUACAGGAGGUUCUUGCCGAGCACGCAGUAUUACGCCCCCAAUCCGCCGGACAUAUAUGCAACACCACCGACAGGACCCUCGCAACAGAAUCAGCAGGUAGUAACGGCAACGCCGGUGUCAGCGAGCAGCAGUUCCUACCAGCCGGCUCCCAGUGGACCUCCUCCUGCGAUAAUGGAACCUUAUCCACCUCCACCUCCUCCCACGCUAGUGGAAACGUACCCCCAUCCACCUCAUUACUACCCUAGUUAUGGUCCCGCGCCUCCAUCCUGCUACACUCAUCCGCCGGCCACCAGGACCUUACCCUACUUAAACGCAACAUAUCAAAGUUGUCCUUGUCCAAUGCAAUCGUGUCCAAAAAACGUACUUACUGGGCCUCUUACUGGAGAUAGUAAGAGGUCUAACAUUUCGUCAAUUGCAAAGGACUCGAUGCCACUACCACCUGUUGCCUUAGCGUUACCUCUGGAGCCGGCUAGCGCUACAGGUCCUCCAAGUCCUGCCAGAGGAUCAGCCGGCAUGCCACCACCACCAUCACCAGCGGGGGCGACAUACCAACCGCCUCCACCCGCUCCCAAACAGGAAGAAACAAUCGAGUGCAAUCCCGUUGAAAAGAAACGAAAAGCGAGAGUGGGCAAAGCAAUGGUGAGGAACAACAUCGCAGCGAUCCAACAAAAUACGGCGAUGUUGUUGAUGUGCAAUCCGAAUCAGCGGAGCUUCCCUGGAGAAGUCAAGCGAGAAAUAGAAAGUCCCAAAGAGAAAGAAACUGAAACUAAGAAGGAAAUUUGCUCGGAUGAAGAUGUCAAAACACCGAAGAUUAUCCUGCAGAAUUCGGUUGAGCCGGAAAUUAAAAAUAUUGAAAGGAUACCAGAACCACAAAAUUUGAAAAAGGAGGAGAAUGUGGAAGAGAAGGAGGAAGAGAAAAUCGUAGAGAAGAAAAUAUUGAUGGAGGAGUUGCCCCCGUGCGUGAAUACCGUAGCAGAGAAUGUUAAAGUGAAAAAUAUGAAAAGAAAAAUUUCAACUUCGAAGAAAACUGAGGAAGAAAAUGAAGUUUCACCGAAGAAAGUUAAGUUAGAAGGAAAGUAUCCGAAUGGUUCUUACAAAGAUUUGAUUAAGAAAGAUACGAAUACUGUGAAGAUAAAUAAUGGCAAAAGAAAGUUAAUAACAGAGAACGACGAGACAACUAAGAAAACUAAAUCUAAAACAAAGAAACAAACAACAAAGCGAAAAUUGAAUUCGACAAAAGAAGAAGAUGUAACACCAACCAAGCGUUUGAAACAAACUAAACCUCUAACUGCAAGCAAUCAACAAAACUCCAAACAUUAUUCUAAAGAAAAAGACAAGAAUAAAACGGAGCCGGUAUUAAUCGAAAACAAAGAACCACAAAAGAAAUCCACCAAGAAGCUUCCAGUCAAUUCAAAAACAAAGAAACUAGCUCCCGCCAUUUUAGACUCUUUAAUAGCGAAAAACAAUAUAGACAGGACAAUUGACAGUGUGAUAAGUGAAUCGUCAGUGCGGACAAACACAAGUGCUUUAAAGACAGUUGAUAAGUGUGCGAAAACAAAAGAGCCAGUUUUGAAUAAUAAAAAGAGUACAAAUAAAAAUGGACAAAUUAAAAACAAAACAGUCGAGUGUCGGAAAAGUGUGGUGACUAGGAGGAAAUCUAAAUGCAAGGAAGUGCCACAAGCCAUAACUAGAAUCCCGAGGAGGUCCUUACAGUUGCCCAGGUGGUCCAAUGGAUGGACGUGGGAAGGAGAACCCUUCGAAACAAAGGUCUUUUUAAAUAGCGACGAGACAACAGUCUUGCGGAAAUGUUACCCGGCGAUGAGGCACGAAGAAGGCGAUAUAAUCGAAGUCAGAGACUGCGUCCUUCUGAAAGCCGGUCCAAGAAAGAACGAUUUACCCUUCGUCGCGAAAAUCGCUUAUCUGUGGGAAAAUCCCGAGGACGGUGAGAUGAUGAUGUCGCUACUAUGGUAUUACCGACCUGAACAUACUGAGCAGGGUCGAACACCUGCAGACCAACCCGAUGAAGUCUUUGCUUCAAGACACAAGGACUCGAACAGCGUCGCUUGUAUAGAUGACAAGUGUUACGUACUUACCUUCCAUGAAUAUUGCAGGUAUCGCAAGGACUUGCGGAGAUUGGAAGAGGGGAUUGAGGAAACAUCGCCUUGUAUUCCCACUCCGGAACCAUAUCCCAGGUGUAACAGACAACCGCCUUCCCCCAUUCAAGUGUCAUCAGACAUGGUCUUCUUUUGCCGAAGAGUCUACGAUUUUAGGCAAAAAAGAAUAGUGAAGAAUCCGAGUUAAUUUUCUAACUCAACUCUCCAAUGUUUAUGUUUUUUAACUUAUUUUUGUUAAUCGUUGGUUAUUGAAAUUUUAUGUAAGAGACGCGUUGCUCUUGUUUUUGUUCUACAAACUGAGUCGAGAAAACAUCUAAUCAAAAAUCUUUUUAUAUGUUUUAAAUAUUCCAGAAACGAGGUUUUUAUAUAGAGUUAAGGUACAGUCAAAAGGAUUUUUUAAAGAAAAUGUUUUUUGGUCUUUUAAGAAAUAAGACAUCUAAAUUUGAUACGUAUACAUAUUGUUGCAUAAGAAGAAAAGGGAACAUUUGUAUUAUAAAAAAUUAGUUAUCAAUACUGUUGUAUAGAAAAUAGAGAUGAUUAUAUUAUAUAUUUAACACAAAGGAAUCAUAUUUAUAAUUAGUCUUAGUCAUCGCUGGUGUAAAAGGUGUGUGCUUUUAUAGAUUGUAGAAGUGUUUCGUCAAUGUCGUCUCUUCAAAUAUUUUGUAAUUGUUUAGCUCUCGCAUAAGUAGGAAAACAGUCAGCAGUUAUUUUACAAAUAAUUUAUGCUGAGGAGAGUACAAUGAUAGUCAGGGUUUGUACCACAAUAUUUUCCAUCUUUGACAAACCAUAUUUUUGUUUUUAGUGUCGUUUAAUCAUUCGUACUUCUCUCACAAAGAUAAUACUAAAAAAAAUCGCGUUUUGUAGUCGCAACUAUUUUCUUAUUUGUUAUGUAUUUUUAGACACAAUUAGAGUACCUACUUAUUUUUUUCUAGUUUCAUUAUUUCUACUUUAAUUUAUGAAUAAUAUAUUAUUUUUUAAGCUCUUAGAGCCCUAAAAUCGAUUAAUUUUAAAUUGUAGCCAAAGUUAACGUUAUUAUUUUAUGAUUAUUUAUUGUGUUUAAAUAUUAAAAUAUUUGUAUUGGUAUCUCUUAAUGUCUUAUUAUUGACCCACCCAGUUUUAUUGUAUCUUACGCCUUUUUAGGUGCCUUCUCCAAUACCUCCAAGGCUAUUAUCCACUCGGCUUUUCAUCAUUUAUUGUGUCAUCAUUUCUCUAUUCCAUGUUCACCCAUUUCAAAAUAAAUGUGUGGAAAAUU